AUGAUCAAGGUCGCACAUCGAGCUCCAAACUCCACAAGAUUGAAUGAUACUUGGUCUACCAUGAAUAAAACUCAAUUGGACAUUCAAAAAGAAGAACAAAGAGAUUCAUUCUCUCCUUCUUCAUUUUCGAAUCAUACACCUACUACACCUUCUCCAUCUAACCCCGUUCUAUCAUACUCUCAAUCACACAUUCAAUCGAGAGAUAGUAUAACUUCCAAUUCAACGACAACAUCAGCUGUACUGAAUACCCCUAUCGAUACAAGCUACCAAAUAUUGCCUGCUUACACUGACCAUUCAAAUCGUUUCUAUUAUCGGGAUCUGCCUCUACAAGAUAUUGAUUCAAAGAUGACGAGCACCCUUGCCACUCAAUCGAUGAUUCCAAGCAACGAUGUGCACAGCAAUGACAACACUCAAUACAUCUAUACCUUCCAUCAAGGACCUCAAGGUCAACUUGCCCAAUCCCACGAAUUAUCGGUAGAGUAUAUCCACAAUGAUCAUGAACAACAAGUCAACCAAUUUGUUCCAGCACAACAUCAAGGUAUAUUGUAUGGUCAACAACAUCUCGACAUUUCAGGAUGGGCACCUAUGUCGUCUUCAUCUACAAUCACUCAUGUAAAUCCUCAACUCAUGGAACCUUCUCCUUCAAGAAGUUUGAGUCCAGAAUCCAAUGCCUCGCACUCGCCCAACGUUCAAGCAUACGACGAAAUUGUUAUAGCUCCACAGAUAACAGUCUUAUCCACUCAACCAGAUGAGUGGUAUGACGGACCUUCAGAAUGGAUUAGAUCCGUAGCUCAAUCGCACAGACAACGACGAGCAACUUAUCUGGCAAAUCCCAAAGCUUGGCCUAAGGGUGAAGGCGAACCAAAAGAGCUUCAACCUUUGACUGAUCAUUGUCGGUACCCGCAUUUAUGGGAAGUCGAACAAGCUCGAACGGGUUUGACAGAAGACGCAGUCGUUGCUAAGCUUAUGAAGAAAUCUCAAGCGACUAUAGCCAAAGAGUUUGCAAGAUGUCAAAAGGCGAACGAAGAGUUCAAACCCCCCAGACCCAUGAACAGCGCCAUGGCGUUCGCAGACUUUCGCCGACCACAAUGGGGAGAUAUGUACUCUGAUAUGAAAACCGGAUCUAUCUCGACUUGGUUAUCAGCUGAAUGGAGAGCUUUGAAAGAUUACAGACCUGAAGAGUUUGAAUGGUGGACGCGAGUAGCCAAGAAAUACUGGGACAAAUACGUCGAAGACUACGACUACAAAUUCACGAGAGCACCUAAUGGGGAAGGCAAAGGCAGUAAAAAGCGAAAAGCGAAAGCAAAGGAAACGGCUGCCAGAGAAAAGGCUAUUCGGAUGUCACAAGAAGCCGCGAGGAGAGGCUCAUCAAGAAACGGCAGCAGAAGAAGUACUAAAAGUGACAGCAUGUCAACUCCGAUGAGUAUCAUGAUGCCCAAUCAUCAACCGUUUGAAAGCCCAAACGUUCUUGGAUUAACCGGUGUUUCACAUUUGACUCCAACUACCCUCACUCCAGGAUCUUUGCCUUACAAUGCCACUGGGUAUUUCGAUGGAUAUUCGUUCCCAUUGACGGAAGACUCAAGGACUCCUUCACCGCCGCAACUUCUGACUCCUCUUGAACCUUCUCAUUUAUCUCAUGGUCAGCUGCACCCUCAUUCACCACUUCCGUACCAACAACAGAACUACUUCUACCCCACUGAGGCUCAAAUGCACUUUGCUCAUCACCAGGCUGCCCAACAACAGCAACAACAUCACCAUCAGCAGCAUCAACAACAGCAACAGCAGCAUCAACAACAGCAACAACAGCUUCAUAUCGCCUUCUGCCCCAAUGCAGGAUACUAUCAACCUCCUCUCAUCAAUCCGCAUGAAAUUUUCGCCCCAAACCAAAAUCACAAUCAAAAUCAUCAUAUUGGAUUAACACAUCAUGUACCUACAUUGGCCCCAUACAAUAUCCCUUCACCACAGUAG